UCCCAUAAUGGAAGAGAAUACCACCGGAACCGUAAUCAUAGCAGCCCUCUCCACCCUCAGCCCACCACAAAUCUCCUCCCUCACCACCUCCAUCUCCGCCCUCUUCCACUUCCACCACCGCCGUCUCUCCUUCCUCCUGUCCUCCCACACCCUCUUCUCCCUUUCCCUCCACCACCUUCAUUCCCUCUCCCUCCAUCAAAAAUCCCGUCUCAUUGCACGCCACCUCUUGUCAAUCCUCUCCCACCUCUCUCACUUCCUCUUCCCCAGAACCACCCGAAUGCCACCCUAUGCCACCAACAUUCUCUAUGGCCGUGAUCUUGACUCUGUUCUCCUGCUGUUGCUACUAUGUGAACUCCACCAACAUGAUCCUGAAUCACUCAAGACCUUGUCACCAAUGGAUUGGCGUGCUUCUCUUUCCAAUUACGUCUCCGAUACCAUGUUGACUCUAUCUGGCGUCAGUUUUACCAACAGUGAAACGUUGAUCAAGUAUAUUGAAGUAGUGACGAAGUGCAGGAAGUUCGUUGAUGUGAUGGAUUGUGGAGAUAGGAAGGAAGGGAAAGAGGUGGCGGCAUCCGUGGCGGCAGUGGUGGCACUGCCAUCGGUAGAGGUGCAACAAGGAGGAAAGGAGUGUGUUAUAUGCAAGGAAGAGAUGAGGAAAGGGAGAGAUGUGUGUGAAUUGCCUUGUGAACAUCAAUUUCAUUGGAUGUGCAUAUUGCCAUGGCUGGUCAAGAGGAACACUUGUCCUUGCUGCCGCCAUCGGCUUCCAACCGAUGAUUUGUAUGGCGAGAUUGAACGGCAGUGGGCGUUUCUCGUCAAGAUAGGUGCUGGUUAUUUUUAGUUUUGUAUCGUAAGACCUUAUAUAAAUGAUACUCGACAAACAAUAUUUAAUCGGUU